GUCGAGUCCUCCAGCGAGGAUGAGGAGGAAGAGGACGAGGGAAAGGAAGAGGAGGAAGAGGAAGAGAAGGAUGAAAAAGAGGAGAAAGCGUCGGAGAAGGCUUCGGAGAAGGAUGAAGAAGAAGACGAAGACGAGGAGGACGAAGACGAGGAAGAAGAGGAGGAGGAGAAGGAAGAGAAGCCCAAGUCCAGAAAGAAGGAGACAACAUCACGUAGCAAGUCAAAGAAGGUCGGGGAGGAGGACGAAGAUGAGAAAGAAGAGAAGGACGACGACGACGACGAGGAAGAAGAAGAAGACGAGGAGGACGAAGAGGAGGAAGAAGACAAGCCGAAGUCAAAGAAGGACAGCAAGCGGAGCUCCCGAUCAGAAGCCAAAGAGAGUGACAAGCCGGCCGAGUCCGCAGGCAACUACUUCGUCACGGCCUACAACAAGCGCCGGGAG